CCAAAUAAGUUUUUUCAAUAGGGACUUUUUGUUAAUUUUCCCAAAUAUUUAUUAUUCGCAAUAGCGGGAAGGUAUAGAUGAUAAAGCAGCCGGCGGCGGCGGCGGCUGGACUGCGGCUGAGAAACCUGAUGGAAAACUCCGCGCCUCCGCCUCCCAAGGGUUACAUUCACUACCAACACAAUGAUGCUUGCAGCCUCUCCAGAUGGAACGCCAAGGAAAGCUAUCAGUUUAUGUAUGAAAAGCCAUGGCAAAAGGUUAAUGAUUUUUACCUGGACGUGGUGAACGGUCGUCGAUCAGUGUCUGAAUUGUUCGAAAGAGAGACAUAUGCUGUACACGAUGGUGCUGAAACUAUAGAAGAUUGUGAUAAACCUGAUUUGAUGAGUGUUCGAGCUAAGGAUAGGAGUGGAAGAUGGGCAAGAGUGACAUUCAAAAUACGGCUCUCGUAUCACGGAAGUUCUUUUGAUGGGUGGCAGAAACAGCCUGGUUUAAAUACUGUUCAAGGGUUGAUUGAAAAAUCUCUCGGAAAAUUUGUUGAUGAAGAUAAAGCACAAAUGUUGAAAGAAAAGAAAUUGCCAGUAGAUUGUUGUGUUACAGUCGCUGGGCGCACAGACAAAGGGGUGACAGCUCUUGAACAAUUUUGUUCUUUCUAUACGUGGAGAAAGGAUAUCAAAACUGUAGACAUCGAGGAUGCAAUAAACGGUGUAGCUCCAGGAAAGAUAAGAGCCAUUUCUGUUUCUCAGGUCACACGUGACUUUCACCCUAAUUUCUCUGCAAAGUGGAGACGCUAUUUGUACAUAUUUCCGUUUGAUGACGAAAACGUGGAUGAUGAAGCCAGUCAAUGCGAGAAAAAUGUUCUGGAUAGUGAUGUUUGCCAUGAUGGUCGAUACGGUGAGCUCCCUGGUGUGGAGAAUUGCGGAAAUGAAAUUGACGAUUAUGAACAGACUGAAACACAAACUGGACACAAACCACUCAGUUUUGAUGUAAGCUGUGUUAACCGUCUAUUACAUCACCUGGAAGGAAAAUUGCUUUCUUUUAGGAUGUUUGCACGAGAUACUAAGGCCUCGAGAAACAUUGGUCCACCAACAGAGUGCUUUAUCUUCCAUUCACGGGCUUCAGAGGCCUAUAUACGCUGUCCAAAGGAGGGAACUCGCUCGAAGAUAAUGUGCAUUGAGUUGGUCGCCAAUCGCUUCUUGCGGAAGAUGGUUCGAGUUCUUGUAGCAACAGCAAUUAGAGAAGCAGCUGCAGGUGCAGACGAAGAUGCACUGCUAAAGCUGAUAGAUGCCACAUGUCGGCGAGCCACUGCUCCACCAGCACCUCCGGACGGUCUUUGCCUUGUCGAUGUCGGAUAUGCCGAAUUUGAUAGAAAAAAUUGCUUCAUCCAUUGAUUUUUAUUCAUUUUUUUAAACUCUAAAAUUGACUUUUAAUCCUUCUAGAAAUUGUCUCACCUUAUACAACUCAAAAAAAAAAGUAAAAAAGAUCAGAUAGUUUGAAUAUCAUGUUUAUGUUUUGUAUGUCUGUAUAACCGUUGCUUUAGCCUGUGAAAAUUAUGGUUUCAUUUGCAGUCUACAUUAUUGCUAUU